AUGGGCUCCCCCAGCGCAGAGGGCUCGGGGAAGAGCCUGCAGUACCGGGUGGACCACUUGCUGAGCGCGGUGGAGAGCGAGCUGCAGGCGGGCAGCGAGAAGGGCGACCCCACGGAGCGCGAGCUGCGCGUGGGCCUGGAGGACAGCGAGCUGUGGCUGCGCUUCCAGGAGCUCACCAAUGAGAUGAUCGUCACCAAGAACGGCAGGAGGAUGUUCCCGGUGCUGAAGGUGAACGUGUCCGGCCUGGACCCCAACGCCAUGUACUCCUUCCUCCUGGACUUUGUGGCGGCGGACAAUCAUCGCUGGAAGUACGUGAACGGCGAAUGGGUGCCUGGGGGCAAGCCGGAGCCGCAGGCACCAAGCUGCGUCUAUAUCCACCCCGACUCCCCCAACUUCGGGGCGCACUGGAUGAAGGCGCCCGUGUCCUUCAGCAAAGUCAAACUCACCAACAAGCUCAACGGCGGCGGCCAGAUAAUGCUGAACUCCCUGCACAAGUAUGAGCCCCGCAUUCACAUCGUUAGAGUUGGGGGGCCCCAGCGCAUGAUCACCAGCCACUGCUUUCCAGAGACCCAAUUCAUCGCGGUGACAGCCUAUCAGAAUGAGGAGAUCACAGCUCUGAAAAUUAAAUACAACCCAUUUGCAAAGGCUUUCCUCGAUGCAAAGGAAAGAAGUGACCACAAGGAUGUGAUGGAGGACCUGGGAGAUGGCCAGCAGUCUGGAUACCCUCAGUGGGGGUGGCUUCUCCCUGGAACCAGCACCCUCUGUCCACCUGCCAGUCCCCACACCCAGUUUGGAGGUCCUCUCUCGCUCCCCUCCGCACAUGGCUGUGAGCGGUACCCUGCCCUGAGGAGUCAUCGAGCGUCACCGUACCCCAGUCCCUACUCACAUCACAGCGGUUCUCCACCGUACCCCGACAGUUCAUCCCCAUGCCUGUCGAUGCUGCAACCCCAUGACAACUGGUCCAGUCUGGGAAUGCCCGCCCACGGCAGUGUGAUUCCCAUGAGCCACACCCCGGGGCCUGCCCCUGCUUCCAGCCAGUACCCCAACCUGUGGUCUGUGAGCAAUGGAACCAUCACCCCGGGCACCCAGACACCAGCAGUGGCCAAUGGGCUGGGAACCCAGUUCUUCCGGGGCUCCCCCAGCCACUACACACCCCUCACCCACAGCACCCCUGUGUCUUCCUCGGGGUCCCCGCUGUACGAAGGAGGGGCCACAUCCACAGACAUUCCCGACAGCCAGUACGAUGCAGCCCAAGCGUGCCUGGUGGCCUCCUGGAUGCCCAUGUCCCCGUAAUCCAUGCGAUGUUCCUGA